AUGGAAUUCAAUGCGGUUCAACAAUACCGCCCGUCACCUAAUCGACAGUACGCUAUGGGAUAUUCCUCAUCUGCUCCGGGAAUGCAAACGAUGUAUGCAUACGGAGACCUUCAACAUAGUCAGCAACAUCAUCAACAUCAACAACAACAAGGCAUGCAACCUAUGUCCAGACCGUCGCCACCACAGCCCACGUGGGCUGUGCCGCAGACCCAUUCUUCGUACUAUGCUGCGCCGCGCGGACCUACUGUAGGCGGGAGGGAAGACCAGCAGCAAUUUAUGGGAAGACCAGACAUGAUGACGUCGCAGCCGACUGCUACGACUGGUGGUAUCUACAGCAGCUCUAUGAAUGCCCCGCAAUCACUGGCAACAACGAACUACUUUCCCAACGUCAUCGACACAAGUCCAUGGGGUCAGAAAGUAUGUGAAGAGCUAGAGUCUUUCCCUGCUCUGGAUUCGGACGUGGCCGACUUCAGCCAUGGUAUGAUGGGACACGACGAGAACACUCCGAUAAUCGACCUACGCCAGUACAACAACAUGGGCCAACACGAACACGAAAAUAUGGCACAGUUCAACCCAAAUUCUACUCGACGAAUGUCUGAGUCUUCCUUCUCGAUGUCGAGUACAGGCGGUGUGCUGCCGGAAUCGGCAGCUUACGAAGAGAUGGGUUCGUCCGAACCAGUUUCAUAUGCGUCUGAGUAUGAUACAUGGAACCAAGCGGAGCAAAGUGCCAGUCAUCUUCUAUCGCCUCUUGCGUCACCACGGCGCCCGCAGUAUGACGGGGUUGUUCGCAGCGGGAGUCGAUCCCGCACAUCACCAGCAUCGCAUGGCAACAUCCGCUCAUCGCCGUACACACUUGACAGUAACAGAUUCAAGAGGUGGUCUACUGGACAAGCGCCAACAUCGACUCCGAACAACUCGCGCCCAAUGUCACAAGUCUCGGAUCGCUACGCGCCGUACGGCCCCCGGAUGAACCCGCAUCACUCCAUGCCCGCCUACCCUCCCAGUGCCUACAACAAUUUUGGAUUGCCGACUCAAAAUGUGCUGUACUCGCAAACUCCUCCAUCGCAUCCCAACAGUCAGCCGUUCUUCGCGCCUCAAGAUCAACAGCAGUUCCAUCUCGAAGUGCCCAGGCCUUUACCUUCUCAGGGCCUCUUCCGUCUGCUCCAAAGUAAUGCCGAUCGUCAUGGAGGCUGUUCAUCUCACUUUGCAGAUCUCUCAGACCCGCCGGAUCUGUACUCGUCUCUGCACGAGGAAGCGUUGAACCCACCAGAAUCCGAUAUGAACCCUUCGGACCCAGACCUCAUCCCACAUGAGCAGGAUCUUCGCUUUGUUGGCGAUUUGUACACUCCACGAUGGGUACGUGGCCAUGGCAACAAACGAGAAGGCUGGUGCGGUCUAUGCAAGCCCGGCAGAUGGCUUGUCCUCAAGAAUAGCGCUUUUUGGUACGACAAGUCUUUCACUCAUGGUGUUAGCGCAGCCACCGGUGCGGCAUUCCAGGGCCCCCAAGACACACGCCGGACGGAAGGCAAUCUUGACGUAUGGGAAGGGCUUUGUGGAAGCUGCGGUGAAUGGAUAGCGCUCGUCAGCAACAAGAAGAAAGGAACGACGUGGUUCCGGCAUGCAUACAAGUGUCACACACACCCCAAAGUCAAAGAUGGGCCCAAACGCCGCCGUGAGACACAAGCUGGACGCGUCCGCGCGGCAUCAUCCGCUUCAGCUACGUCCUCGUCGUAUCCGAUCAAGCAAGACCUCCCGCAAGCAGACUCAGCAUCUCACCGUCAUUCCACGCCAACACCGAUACCCGGCAGCUCGUCUCUCCAGUCUUACGGCAUGUCAAGCGGGCCGUCUUCCAUGCCAACCUCGACACCAACAUCGACACCGCAAGUCAACGCCUCAUGCAAUCCUAGCAGUACAGCAUACCCUACACCAACCUCUGCAACGCCCACGAUGCAUUCGCUCCGAACCCCUACAGCGACAUCGUUUGGUGAGACAUACGGCGAGCCUUCCAACAGACACGAACCUGUGGUUGGCAUGUUUACAACGCCGUUACAAAGCUUGUCGAGCUUCUCCGGUCACCAGUAUUCACCGAACCUCUCGCAUCAAGUUAGCGAACCUGAGCUCGUUGGUAUACGAACAACGACCACGGCACUCAACUCGAUCGCGAGCAUGAUUUGA